AGUUAGUUCUAAAAGUGCAGUGAUGAAGAUCUUGGUGAGUUUUGUGCUCUUGUGCCUAAUAUCGAGGAUUCAGUGCGAUCUGAAUUGGUGGAGAACAGCCAAUGUCUAUCAGAUCUAUCCGAGAUCAUUCAAAGAUUCAGACGGUGAUGGCAUAGGAGAUCUUAAUGGAAUAACCCAAAUGCUGCCUUAUUUGAAGGAUCUGGGAAUUGAUGCCUUUUGGAUGUCACCGAUCUUCAAAUCCCCCAUGAAGGAUUUUGGCUAUGAUAUUUCGGAUUUCCGUGAUAUUCAGCUUGAAUACGGGACUAUGGAGGAUUUUGAUCGUCUCCUGAAAACUGCCCAUGAACUAGACUUGCGCGUUAUUCUGGAUUUUGUGCCUAAUCAUUCAAGUGAUGAGCAUGAAUGGUUCUUGAAGUCUGUUGCUGGAGAUCCUGAGUACAAAGAUUUCUACGUGUGGCAUCCGGGGAAGGAGGAUCCAGCAAAUCCACAGAAUAGGCUUCCACCUAGCAACUGGCUCAGUGCAUUUCGUGGCAGUGCUUGGAAGUGGCAUGAAACCAGAGGAGAGUUCUACCUUCAUGCGUUUGCCUACCAACAACCAGACUUAAACUACAGAAAUGAGAAAGUCGUUGAAGCCAUGAAAGAUAUUCUGAGAUUUUGGCUGGAAAAGGGUGUUGAUGGUUUUCGCAUUGAUGCUGUACCUAAUCUAUUUGAAGUUGAACCAAUUGAUGGUCAGUAUCCGGAUGAAGUUAAGAGCGGCUAUACAGACGAUCCUGAGGAGUCAGCCUAUCUAUACCACAACCUCACUAUGGACUUACCCGAAACAGUUGAAAUGGUCUACCAAUGGCGGGAUGUUGUUGAUAGGUUCAGCAUAAAUGGAAAUACCAGAAUAAUGCUAACUGAAGCAUAUUCACAUAUUGAUAUUCUCAUGCAGUAUUACGGGAAUGGCGUCAAGAACGGCUCUCAUGCUCCAUUCAACUUUUACAUGAUCAUGAAUCUCAACAACGAUUCAAAUGCAAUUGAUUUUCACAGAAACAUCCAACUGUGGUUGGAUAAAUUACCCAACGGUAGUGUAGCGAACUGGGUUAUGGGAAAUCACGAUCAGAGACGUAUUGGAUCGAGGUUUGGAACCCAUAGAAUUGAUCUUAUAAACAUGAUCAUUAAAACUCUUCCUGGAAUUAGCAUUACCUACAAUGGAGAAGAGAUCGGAAUGACGGAUGUUUACAUAUCGUGGGAAGAUUCAGUAGAUCCUGCUGGCUGCAAUUCCAACCCGGAGAUAUUUGAUAAAUUUUCCAGAGAUCCCGCGAGAACUCCCUUCCAAUGGGAUUCAUCAACAAGUGCAGGAUUCUCCGUAAAUCCCAAACCGUGGCUACCUGUGUCGCCAUUGUAUAAGGAGGUGAACGUUAAGGUUCAACAAACAGCUCCACGGAGUCACCUGAAGAUCUACCGAAGACUUUUGCAACUGAGACGAACGGAGACACUUCAGAAGGGCUCCGUUGAGACUCGUACCCAUGGCCAGAAUGUUCUUAGCAUUACAAGACGCCUUCCAGGACGUGAUACCUACAUCACAGUCGCUAAUAUUGGACCAAAAAGGGAAUCAAUUGAUUUGCGGGAGGUCUUCUCUGGACGCUUAAUCUUCCACAUUGUGUCUGUGGAUUCAAAGAAACGCGAUGGAGAUGGUGUAAUGGGUCCAAACUUGGAACUAGCUCCGUAUGAGGCCUUUAUUCUAAGGGGGCCCGUUAAGAUUUAAUCAAAUAUCGGAAAAAUGUUUGAAAAUUAUUUAAUAAAAAAGUAAAUUCUGAAAAAUUCUUACUGAAGAA